GGGAACUGGCAAAGCAGAAUCAUCCUGACUUGAACAAAAAUGAUCCAUCCUGUGCUGCUAGGAUGUCACGGAUAACUGACGCCUACUCACUCCUCGUGGAUCCCAAAAGACGUCGCGAAUUCGAUCACAGUGCGGCUGCGAGUGGAGCAAGUGAAGAAUUAAGAGUGGCGAUUAAUCUUAAAAAUGCCCAUCCUUGUCUCCGUCUUGUCGUUCUCGUUACUCAUAGUGUACUGUCCUAGAUGUUGCAGUUGCUAUCCUAUCAAUCCCCCUAAGCCCUAAGAUGAAGAUGUGAAAUACAAAACGAUGAAAGUAGAACCCCUAUUGCUACUUCUAAUCCUAGCUUCAGGCACGCAAGAACAGCAAGCCAGCGGAUUUGGCGAUUUCGGUGGCAGUAGCGGCAUCGGCGUCGAACAAGAAUGGGUCGAUCCCUCACAGCUCUAUAGCGAGUUCUCCAACAUUUUCGGAAAAAUGGCUAGUCGCGCAGGCCGUGGAGGACGCGGCGGUCCGGCGCCUGCGCGGGGUGACGAUGCUAGCGUAGAGCUCAAAGUUUCAUUUCACGAAGCCAUGCGCGGAGCAAGAAGACGAAUUCAGCUCAAACUUCAACUGCCGUGUAAUGAUUGUGUUAUGGCCUCCUCUUCUAUCAUCUACUUACUCCUACAUCAGCAUGGCCUGCGAUUGCGAGCUUUUUAUUUCAUCAUCCUCUACUUCGAAAGUACUUACUUGAACAACGUGAUCACAUUCACAUGUUCUUCUACUUUGUUUUGAUGCUUGUAGUCCUCCUUCACGUUCGUCCACAUCCUGCUCUAAUCCCAGAGCCUCUGGCGCACAGGCCGGUUCUGGGUGGAGCAAAUGUCCCAUGUGUAACGGGACAGGGGUACGACGUGUGGAGCGUGGGAUCAUGAGUAUGGGUCUCCCCUGUGCCAAAUGUGGUGGCGUUGGCGAUUUGUUGGAGCAUGCAUGUGAAACUUGUAGUGGUGAGGGUGUGGUCUCCCGGAAAGUAGAAGUUGAGGUUGAGAUUCCCCCAGGGAUCAAACCAGGCAUGGAACUGCGGUUGCCCGGACAAGUUACGGAUACAACGUACUGUCUUGCUCGUCGUGUUGACUUCUCAACAUCUUUGUAGUUAUUUUACGUCCUCUUUAUUUCGCCGGCGGUUCCUCUCUAGUACUUGUACUUCCUGAUAGUCCUUGAGUUUGAGAACAAUAGCUGCUAAAUAAAAAUCAUAGUGCGGCUUUGAAGGAUACAACUAGAAGAUCAAGAUGGGCGUGUAUGAUGUAUUGGUUCCUCAUCUAAAGAAGGCCAUGCGGGAGCCCGCGGUGGGCGACGCGGUCAUCUCUUUGUCCUUGUCAACGUCGAGUCUCAUCCGAAGUUUCGGCAUAUUGAUGAUGACCUACACGCGGAUGUUGACGUCUCAUUGAUUAAGGCAACUACCUUCGCUGAUGCUAGAAGCUGCAUCCUCUUCCUCAUCCUCUUCCUCAGCUUCUUUUUCUACUAGAAAGAUAGAAAAGAACCCGCCAAGGACGAUGUGACUCUCAGGGAAGAUGGUAACGCGGUAGCUCUAAAUUGAGAACGAUGUUGUUGGGAGGAAAGGUGAAAGUUCCGACUCUCGAAGGCGACGUCGAUUUGAACCUUCCGCCAUUGAAUGAGCCGAGUAGUACCCGCAUUUUGCGUGGGAAAGGCCCGACUCGGAUCUCGGGAGGGGGAUCGAAUUCGAAAGUUAUGUCUUGCUAAAAAGUGGUGCUUUUAUCUGGUUCUCUCUGAAGGUGGAGCGUAUUAACAUGAUGAUCAAGCAGGUGGACGAUCACGAUCAGGCCCACCAUAUGAAUGUCGUGUAUAGAAAUAAUACCAAUACCUGCAAUUUUUAUUAUCUUGCUAUUCCUAUGUAUAAAAUUGCUUCUUCCGACCCUCUCUAAUAAACCAAGUAAUUCCGGAAACUUGAUCCUGCACUUCGGGUUAAAGCUGCCGCACUCGUUAACCGAGGAACAAAAGCGGCUGAUCCACGCCUUCGAUCAAAUCGAACGAGAGAAGACUACAGCUAAUGAAGAUACCAAAACCGAUCCGGAUACUUCUUCUGCAAGACCAUCCGCUGCCGGAACUUCUUCAUUUUCAUCCACAACGACCAGCACUCAUAGCAGGAACGACGCUUCUAGUUGUAGGAGUGAGAAUAUUGAACAAGUAGGUGAGCACGACCAGUCUUCCUCAUCAUCCUUUCGUGGCUCGAUGGCAACACGUAGAAUGGCUUCAGCUUCGAAGAACUGGUAGACGCGGUGGACAGCAAGCAGCACAUCAUGAUGUACUUAUCAUGAUUUAAAAAUACCUCACGACACUUAGAAGGUACUAAGCCACGAAGUUUGACGCCCGCCGCCUCAGAGACUUGAUGGAAGUCCUCACUACAUUUUCACUCCAUAGCAAUACCGGUCUUGGAAAGUCCUAGGAGCUGACAGGACGACGAUGGCGCCGGCGCUUACUGGCUUAUUUCAGUUUUUCGAAUAAUCAGCUUUAGCAGAUAGGAGGAUACUUGGCGAUAGUUACCCUUUUCUCUUUUCUAUCUUCCUCUGCUGGUCUUUCUUUUUUCUAGUUAGGUCGGCUCCACCACAAAAAUCAUUAUUAAUACCUCGUUGUGGCGGAACAACAACAGCGUGUCUUCAAGAACAUCUAAUGACUAUGGUGAGUACCCCUGCAUCUGGUGGCAAAGCCAAAGCUUCUCAGACUAAAAAUAGCAGCAACUACCACGGAAGAGCAAAGAGAGGCGUGAAGAAAUGCUGUAGAGAUCAAUUUCGCUUGUGCUGUUCCAGAUCUCGUUGUCAGUACUAAAGACAAAAA